GGAUCGAGAGUUCACUGAGGAAGUGUUGGUCGAGUUCGGAGCUCACCCCAACAUCAUCAACUUCUCCUCGGCUGUUGCUGUCUGCCGGGAAAGGAACCCCGACCCUUCCGUUUUGAGAGAUCUAUUCGAUCCCUUGACAGACUCAGAAGGCCGCAUUCAAACUGAAUGCCUCGACUAUCUGCUACGACGAUCCAAGGAGCCCUCUGGUCAGCCGUCCUUCUCUGAGGAGGAGAUUACCGAUUUGCUCGAGGCGGCCGUGGAUGAGAACGGAACCAAAAUCAACGUCAACGAUUUAUGUAAUUAUCUCAUCAAGUCAUGA